UUUAGUGUAAAAGUAACAAUUGAUACGUGUGUUAUGAUUUGCAUGACUAUUAGUUUAGUUUACUGUUUUAUCGUAUUCGAUUAACUAUACAUACAUGUAAAAACGAUUAUUACUGAAUAAGUGAUUAGUACAAUUUAGUAAACAGGUUUGUAGGUUUGUUAUUAUAUUUUAAACUUAAAAACAAAAUAGUCACUACCGUAUUGUAAUUUCGGGUGACAUCGUCGUUGAGUAGGUAAAUGUGUUAAAUUAUAAAUCAAUGUUGUUUCAAUGUAUACAAAAAAACGAUUCUGGGUGGAAACGGAAUGUCACUGUGUCAACAUCUAUUCGAAGGAUAUUUUAAAAUUUAUUUAUUUUUCUACUGGAGGAAAAUCUUGAGUGAAGAAGCCACCCACUGAUGACACUUCGUCAAAAGCACAACAUAAAAUCAAAAUCACUAUAUUUUUUUCUUUUAAGGUAUUGGUGAGCAUACCAUUAUGAAAAAAUUCAUAAAAAUAUUGAUAAUUGCAUUUUAUCUCGGCGUUGCUGUGUUGUAUUUAAAACCAGUGGAAGGUGAUCAAAUUUUGGCUAUUUCAACAAUAGGUGGGAAGAGCCAUUGGAAUUUUAUGGAAGGUAUACUUCGUGCAUUAACAGAAUACGGUCAUAACGUAACAGUUAUGACACCUUUUCCCAGUGGCAACAGAGAAAAUUAUACGGAGAUAGAUGUAUCCAAUGAAACAUUCUCAAUGUUACGGUUGGAUAUUGAAUUGGUGCAAAAACACCUUACUUCAUACUUCCAUACAAUACAUUAUGCUAAUAUAUAUAGUCGAAAAACUUGCAAGAUAUUAUAUGAAAAUAGUUUCAUUAAGAACAUACUGACCGAUUACAGAUCAGAUUUUGAUGUCAUCUUCAUUGAGUUAAUGGCAUCAGAAUGCGUUUCAUAUUUAUCGGCUAAACUAGACAUACCAUUAAUAUAUGUCAUACCACCGCCUCUAAUAUCCUACUUAGAACGUUCUGUCUUAGGACAUUAUCCAAACCCAGCUGUUGUAUCACAUGUAUUAGCUAAUCACAACAUUCCCAGAACAAUGUUUGAAAGAUUUACAAACACGGGGUUAUUGUUUUAUACAUCAUUUUUGCUUCAAUACAAAAGUUGGUCCGCAAGAAUAGCUGAUAAAGAGUCAUUUGAUCAAAUCGAACCAAUUAAACCUUCCAUAAUAUUUAGCAACGCACAUUUUAUAACCGAUGCUCCAAGACCUAUACCACCAAGUGUGAUUCAAGUCGGUGGUAUACAUCUGAGUCCACCAAAAAAAAUACCUGACGAUGUUUUAGAAUUCAUCGAAAACUCACCACAUGGGGUUAUUUUUUUUACAUUAGGUUCUGUCGUGGCAGUAUCUUCAAUACCAGUAAAUAUUAGAAACAACAUUAUAAAAGUAUUAAGUCAAGUUCCUCAGAGAGUGUUGUUAAAAUAUGAAGAUGAAAUGAUCGAUAAACCAGAGAAUAUCAUGGUAAGAAAAUGGUUUCCUCAACGAGAUAUACUUGUGCAUCCUAAUGUAAAAUUAUUUAUUAGUCACGGAGGAAUAUCUGGAGUGUAUGAGGCAGUGGAUGCCGGUGUUCCGGUUCUCGGAUUUCCCGUGUUCUUUGAUCAAUCAAGAAAUUUAAAAAAUUUAGUAGAUGCAGGAAUGGCAAUUUCAAUGAACCUUGAUUCUGUGACUAAGGACACGUUCAUGAAGGCUAUUUUAGAACUCGUUAAGAAUAAAAAGUACAUGCAAAAUGCUAAAAUUGCUUCUGAUCGUUUUAAAGACCGUCCACUGUCACCGUCAAAAGCCGUUGAUUAUUGGACGAGAUACGUUAUUCGCCACAAAGGCGCUCCUCACUUAAAAUCUCAGGCGCUCAAUUUGAAUUGGUAUCAAUACUUUUUACUGGACGUCAUUGCUGUUGUCAUAUUGGUUAUUUUAUUAUUUUAUUAUGCUAUUUAUAAAACAUUUAUAUUUAUAAAAAAAAUUAUGUUUGUGUCAAAUCGAAAUCAAAAUCUGAGUGAUAACUUUUUUUACUAAAUUGUUUUAAUUAAAUAAAAUAUUAAAAUAUUAAAUAUUAGAAGUUUCCACAUGUA